AGAUUUCCGAAUGCCAAAAGCCGAAUCACUUGAUUACGAGCAUUCAUAGCAACCAGUCCAAGAUGUCGAAAGGAACAACGAUAAAAGAAGCUCUUCAGAAAUUUGAAGAGAAAAAGGGGGAGAAAGCCGCAGAGGCUGUUAAUGUCGAUCUUUAUGCACAGAUCCCACCAAUAGAGAAAAUGGAUGCAUCUCUUUCCACAUUGGCCUGUUGCGAAAAAUUGUCAUUAUCAACAAAUAACAUUGAGAAGAUAGCAAAUCUAAAUGGGUUGAAAAAUUUGAAAAUUUUAUCAUUGGGUCGCAACAACAUCAAGAGUUUGACUGGUCUGGAGGCAGUUGGGGAUACACUUGAAGAGCUAUGGAUCUCAUACAACUUCAUAGAAAAAUUGAAGGGAAUCAAUGUCUUGAAAAAACUGAAGAUUUUGUACAUGUCUAAUAAUUCAGUUAAAGCAUGGGAUGAAUUUCAAAAGCUGAAUGAUCUUCCACUUCUGGUUGAUUUGGUUUUUGUUGGCAACCCCCUCGAAGAAACAGCUACAGCAGCUGGCAAUUAUAGAGACCAAGUAUCAGCCAAGUUAUUAAAACUCAAGAAACUGGAUGGAGUCCCAGUGAUCAGAGAGGAGAAGGAGGAGGAGGAUUAACCCACAUACUUUCAGCCAAGGAGGGUUAUUUAAAAUAUUUAAAUUUCCCCCAGUGCCACCAGAAUAGUUGUAGAACAUCUGUAUAAAAUUGUUCUAUAUUCCUUGUAUGGGUGUGCAGUAAAAGAGAAGGCAUUUUCCAACUAGGACUCCACUCGAUCUGCUUCAUUAUUCGGUGGUCUUGAGAAAUAACAGCAGUUUGGGCCUUAGGACAGAUUGACCUGUGUGCACUAUCAGUUAUUAAUAAACUAUAGUGCACUUCAUCCCAACAUGCUGUGAAAUAUACAGCACUGAGAUAUAUGGUUAGUUAAAUGGUGUUAUUUGUUCCAUGCCUUGUUCUCUCACUGUCACUUAGCAUACAAAGCAAUGUGUGGCCAAAACAUGAUUUCCAGCCUAAACCAAAAGAACAAAAAGACUAGGCAUCCAUUUUUAUUUUAUUUAUUUAUUUAUUUAUUUUUUAUUUUUUUUUUUUUGCUGUACAGUGUACAUAUAUUUCAUGAUAUCAUUGUAAAUGCAUGUAUCUAUGUGUUUGUUUGAGUGUAUAAAAGAUUGAGCAAAAAUGAAAUAAAUAGAAAGUAUCUUUUUAA